AUGAAAAAUUCGAAAGUCAACGAAGCGGCUCUCUUUUCGAAUUUUUGCGAAAACACUUCCGCCCAUGGUCUCGGAAAAAUCUCCGGAUCAAAGAAUCGAAUUCUCAAAUCGACUUGGGCGCUCAUUUUUCUGAUUUCGCUGACGAUUUUCUUCUGGCAGGCGACAAUGCUGAUCCUGGAUUAUCUCGACCGAAAACAAGACAGCCUGAUUUCCGCUUCGAAAGAAGAAUCUGAGCAGUUCGGGCAAAGCUUUGAAGAUUUUGUUAUUUCAUGCGAAUUUGACCAGGCUCCUUGUGGAAGGGAUGAUUUUUUGACUUUUCAGCAUGAGCAGUAUGGAACUUGCCAUACUUUCAAUGGUCAUUCCAUGAAGAAGAGGAGUACCUCAAACAUCGGAACGGAGUACGGAUUGAAGCUGAUUCUCUUCGCCGACGAGUCCGAAUACGUCGGCGCCACCUCCGCGACCGUCGGAGUCCGCUUCGACAUCCACCAAUACGGAUCAAUUUCGUUCCCGGAAGAACACGGUCAAAACGCUCCAGUUGGCGCUGCAACGGCCGUUUCUCUCAGAGCGAAUCAAAUUUCAAGAACGGUUCUACCUUGGAACAAGGAGAACUGUACCAAUGUUUAUGACUCGAACGAUCCGGAGUUUGACGGACAUUAUACUUACAGAGCUUGUCAGAAAGGAUGUCUUCAGCGGCAUUUGAGGGAUGAGUGUGGCUGUGUGACGUCAUUGUUUUUAAAGAAAAAUGACCGUGUUUGUGAUUUACUGCACAAAACAACUUUGCACUACAGUACGGUAAAAUGGCCGAGUUCUCAAUACGAAGGGCUGUUGCUCAGCGCGAUUUCGAAUUCAACCGCUGCGGCAAAAAUUCGCAAUUCGACUGAUCUCCAGUCCGCUGUGGAGGAUAAUCUGCUCCGACUGAGCUUCACCUUCGACGAAUUGAACGCAAAACUGAUCGAAGAAAGCCCAAAAUACGACAUUUGGACGCUUUUUGCGAAUAUUGGCGGAACACUCGGACUAUACGUCGGAAUUUCAUUUAUUACUUUGUUCGAAUUUCUCGAAGUUGUUGCCGACAUUUGCCUGUUUACCUGCUGCUAUCGUUGUAGACUCGUUUUUGGAGAGAAAUUAAAAUAUGAAAACAGCGAGUCUGACAGACCUAAUAUCGUUUUUGCGAUAAUUGAUGAUUACGGAUACAACGACAUUGGAUACCACCAGGACAUCAUCAAGACGCCGAACAUCGAUGCUAUUUCCGCCUCCGGAGUGCGCCUCGAAAACUACUACGUGCAGCCAAUCUGCACUCCCUCCCGCUCCCAGCUCCUCUCUGGCCGCUAUCAAAUCCACACUGGCCUGCAGCAUCAGCUCAUUUGGAUGGGAAUGCCCUCCGCUCUUCCCUUAGACACGGAAUUGCUCCCCGAGACGAUGAGAAACUGCGGCUACCACACGAUGGCCGCGGGAAAGUGGCAUGUCGGCUAUGCCAAAACGGCAAACACGCCUUGGGGCAGAGGAUUCCAAAACUUCACCGGUUACCUCGGCGGAUCGGAGGACUAUUACAAGAAAACGCGGUGCUUGGACUCGCACACUUGCGGAAUCGACCAAAACACGGAUGGAGAUGUUUUCGGGCAGCGAGUUUACGAAGCUGAUCCAAGCGAAUACUCGGCGUUUAAAUACAUUCGCCAGGCGAAAAAGUACAUUGACGGGCGAGACAAAAACAAGCCCUUCUUUCUCUAUCUUCCCAUGCAAUCAGUUCACGCGCCGCUCGAAGCACCAGCCGAGUACAUCGCAAAAUACGACGGAAUCAUCGACGACAAGCCGAGAAAGAUCUACGCGGGAAUGGUGUCCGUGAUGGACGAAGGAAUAGGAAACAUCACUUCACAUUUGAAGGAAGCUGGCUUGUGGAACAACACGAUCUUCAUCUUCUCCACUGACAACGGCGGACAAGCUUAUGUCGGCGGCAACAACCUCCCUUUGCGAGGCAACAAGGGCGGCUACUGGGAAGGCGGCGUUCAUGGAAACGGCUUCGUCGCUGGAGGAUACUUUGAGACCCGAAGAACCGGGAACGAAGUCGUCAACAAGGAGCUCAUCCACAUUUCCGACUGGUACCCGACGAUCAUGGAAGCUACUGGCUGCCAGAAAGCGCCGAAUUCGCCCGAUUUGGAUGGAAUGUCUCAGUGGAAAAUGCUCCUGGAUCUGGAGCAGUCUCCUCGGGAUGAAAUUUUGCAUAACAUCGACGAAAUGACCGUGGCGAAAGGCUCUGACAAUCGAACUUUCAAGUCGGACUUCGAUAUUUCCGUCCAAGCGGCGAUCCGCUGGAAUAACUGGAAAUUGCUGACCGGCGACCCUGGCUACCCAGACUUUCCAAUCACCAUUCCUCCUCAAGGCAACAAAAAGCCCAUUUUCACGGUCGAAAACGGGCUUCAAUACCCAAUCCCGCCGCGGCCAAAACCUCUCGACCGACUCGUCCGCCUCUAUGACGUCAUCAAGGACCCAACUGAGAGCAACGAGAUUUCAGACUUCCAUCUGGACGUGGUUGAAUUUCUGCUAGAUCGACUUUCGUUCUGGAACUCGACGCAAGUGCCGAUCAAUUUUCCCGAUGUGGAUCCGAAGAGCUUUCCGGAAUAUCAUCAGGGCUUUUGGAAACCUUGGCUUGGCUGA